AUGCAACUUAAUGAAUUUGAAGUUUUAAGUUUAUUUGGUCAAUCAGAAGAAGAUAAUCAACGAAGAGUUAUCAAACUUCACGCAAUUACUAGAAUUGAUGAUCGAAAUCAGAUACCGAGAAUUUUUUAUUCAUUGUUAGAAUGGGGAGGGGGUGGCUGCUUCAAAGAUUACAUUUUUGAAAAACAUAAUGAAUGGGGCUGUGGAGAAAAUUGGGAAAUUAAUGAUAAUAAAGUUUUUGGAGUUAUAAAAGAAGCUGUUAUUGUUCUUAAAGAAUUAAAUGAAAAAAUAGUACAUUUGGAUUUCAAACCACAUAACCUUAUUUUUGUUCGAAAACGUCGAAGUCGGGCAAAUAACGGAAGAGGAAUUCUAAAAGCUAUAGAUUUUGGAAGUGUUAAAGUUUUUGAUAAAGAGGACAAUGAACGUUUUUAUAAAACGAUAGUAUUUCAAAAUCAACGUCAUAUAAUUUCCGGAAAGCCCCCACUUUCAUCAGAAGCUUAUCGAAGUCCCGAACAUAAAAAUACACAUUGUUCUAAACAUAAUAUAUGUCCUGUACAUGGAUUUUUAUGUCCUCAUAAUGAUAUUAAUUUAUGUCCUGACCAUAAAAAGGCAUGUCCUUUUCAUUAUUUACUCAGCGUGAAAUCGGAUGUUUGGGCGAUUGGUAUUAUUUUAUUUCAAAUUGUUAUGGGAGAUUUAAAUGCUAAAGUGAAGAAUGAGAAAAUUAAAUUGGAUAUUAAAAAUAAUAACAAACGACCAAAGUAUGGUCAAAUUUUGAUUUGGAUAAAUGAAAAGUAUAAAAUGGCAACAAGAAAUUAUAUUGAAUGGUAUAGAACUUUAUUGAAUGAUUGGGAACAUAUUUUUAGUUUUUUGACGUUAAUUUUGCAAACAAGAAUCUGUUGUCCAAAAACAUAUCUUCUGAUUAUUGCAACACUCCGAUACAAUCCUCAUCAUCGUCCAACAGCUAAUGGUAUAUUGUCAUAUCUGAAUGGGGAAUGCCAAUUAUUGUUUCCAGAACUGGAAAAUAUUUCUGAAUUGGAUAAAAUUGAAUUUCUCCCUGGACUUUCUUUAAAUUUAUUGAAAGAUAUUUUAUCAAAAAUUGCAAAUGAAGUAAAUAAAAACGAAAAUUUUGGAUUAGUAGAUAAUUUGGCUUAUAGUGAAGUGAGGGUUGAUGGGAAUAUUUUUAAUUUGCCUUUUUGUGAGUAUUACACGAAGAAUGGUGAAAAUUAAAUAUAAAAUGAUUUUAAACAAAUAUAAGAAAAGAUGUUGAGGUUUUUUUAUA